AUGCCAACACUAGAAUCAACAUUUAAAAAAAAAAAAAAAAAAAUUAACAGGUUAAACGAGAAAACUAACAACGAAGGCGAAAGACACACUGGAUGUGUGGGUUGUGUAACUGAUAUCUGCAAGAGACGUGGAAUUGGAGAAUCAAGUUCAAAUUACAGCCAUCAAACUAAUCUUCCAAUGAAGAAAAAAAAGUCUUUACUCACUCAUAGUCCAAUGGCUGGUCUCUCCUCUCAUAUGGACACGGGGAGUAUCAUGAGUGAUGGCAUCAGUGAUGACCCUAGCUCUCCAGAGAGUGAGCCUUUUGAUGAAACUGACCUCCUUAACAAUGCAGUCACUGACCCUGUCACCUCUCAACUGGCUAAUGCAGGUCCUGUGGGGGUAGCUGCUGCUGCAGCUAUUGUUAGUGGGAGGAAGAGGAAGAGGACCCAUUCUUUUGAGACCAAUCCAUCCAUACGGAGGCGACAACAGACACGCCUAUUGAGGAAACUAAAAGCUACCAUUGAAGAAUAUACAACACGGGUAGGGCAGCAGGCAGUUGUACUAUGUUGCACCCCUGGCAAAUCUGCCCAGAAUUAUAAUUCUUUCAAAGUCUUUGGUUCUCAGCCAUUGGAAGGUGUGUUACGCAAUUGUCGAGAGAUGGUAAUGCCAAAUCUGGAAUCUGCCCUUGCUCAACAAGCUCCUCCAGCCCACCGAGAUGACCCCUCACUUCAUGAACUGCCACCUUUGGUCAUUGAUGGAAUUCCAACACCUGUAGAUAAAAUGACACAGGCUCAGUUGCGAGCAUUCAUACCCUUAAUGCUGAAAUAUUCAACAGGUCGGGGUAAGCCAGGCUGGGGGCGAGUGGAAUGCCGGCCACCCUGGUGGCCAUGUGAUUUGCCUUGGGCAAAUGUACGUAGCGAUGUUCGCUCAGAACUAGACAAAGAGAAGGUUUCCUGGACACACGCCCUGCGACAAAUUGUGAAGAACUGCUACAAACACCACGGCCGAGAAGAUCUUUUACCAGAAUAUGCAGAAGAGAACCCAUCAACCAACAUGUCUAAUCCAUCUGGAUUUGCUAUGCCAAACAGCAAUAAUCUUUCUGGCACCAUGGUUCAAGCCAUUAAUAACCCUGAUGGCAGUGUAUCAAUCAUUCAAAUAGACACAAAUCCUAACAAUGGCGCAGUGGUCACCCUGGCAGAUGGUACUCAAGCCACGGUCUUACAUGCAGUUCAACAUGAAGCCAACCAAGCAGUGCAAACAUUGGUAGAAGCUGUAUCCGAUGCAGAACUUUUAGCCUCAGGUAAUUUGACUGCAACACCAAUCAAAGUUGAUCUUGAUGCCCAACAAGCGAGUCAAGUGGCAGCACUGACAGAACAGAAUGGACAAAUUUUAUUAGCAGGAAACCAUGGUCUUGAAGGGAUAAUGACAAUUCCUUUGUCUGUCUACCAAACCAUGCCAUCCGGUCUGACAACACUGACUGAUGCUGAGGCUCAGAAUAUUGCCUUGCAAGUUGCUAUGGCUGAACGAAGCAGUGCUUCGCUCAAAGAAGAGGUUCCUGAUGCCACCCAUGCAGUUGAAGUGAUGACUGUUGAACAAUUAUAA